CCGCGCUUCGUGCCGUCAUGUCCGGUGGAGGGGGAGCUGGUGAUGUGGGGUUACCGGUGACGUAACUUCCUCUUUUAGGCGGCAGGCGAUCCAGAGACGACAUGAAGGCUUCGGGCACCCUUAAGGAAUACAAGGUGAUUGGGCGGCGCCUGCCCUCACCUAAGGAGCCCAGUCCUGCACUCUACCGGAUGCGCAUCUUUGCUCCAAAUCAUAUUGUUGCCAAGUCUCGGUUCUGGUACUUCAUUUCACUGAUGAAGAAACUGAAGAAGUCUGCUGGUGAAAUUGUCUACUGUGGACUGGUUUUUGAGAAGUCACCCGCAAAAGUGAAGAACUUUGGUAUCUGGCUGCGCUAUGACUCUCGCAGUGGAACCCAUAAUAUGUACAGGGAGUACAGGGACCUGACCACUGCUGGUGCUGUCACCCUGUGCUACCGUGAUAUGGGAGCUCGCCAUCGUGCUCGUGCUCACUCCAUUCAGAUUAUGAAAGUAGAGGAGAUUCCAUCGAGCAAGUGUCGCCGGCCUGCUGUUAAGCAGUUCCACAAUUCUAAGAUCAAGUUCCCUCUGCCACACAGAAUCUUGCGUCAACAGCACAAGCCACGUUUCACCACCAAGAGACCAAACACUUUCUUCUAAAAUGUAUUGACUGUUGGAGUUGUAUGGAAAUAAAAGUCUGGCUGACA